CGCAGAAGCAGUCCGAAACAAAGGAGCUCGAAUUCUCAUGUGGUGUGACACAAUGCAUGCAUCAUGGACCAUCUCCAACAGUAUACUUCCGGCAGCAGUGGUUCCGGCGGUGACACCCAGGCGAGACAGCCCGUGGUUACGGAGUUCGGGUAUUCACUGGCCGCAAGCGUGGACGAUACGCGUUUCGUUGAGGACUUUGUCGAGUAUCACUUCACCUUCCAACACCGGUCCACCAGCGAGUAUGGCAUUUGGCGCCGGUACUCGGUGCUCAAGGAGGCCCACGACGAGAUUUGCCGGCUGUUGCUUCCCUACAACGAUUACCUGCAGCAAGAGUACAGCGUGUUUCAAAACCGCGCGACGCGGGCGGUGCACGGCGAAGAGGGCAUUCCGACGACCGGGUUGCAGGUGCGGAGCUCCACCAGUUCGCCCGGGGCGGACCACUUUGCGGGACCCGGGGGGCUGUUGAGCAGCUUGCUUGCGCCAACGACGGCUUCUGGGGUAGUUUCGCCCAAUUUUCAGGAAGGUGGGAGCUCCUCGAGUACCAGGCCGCCUCCGCCGAGGGGGUCCGCGUCUACUUCCGCCGCCGCGGUGAAUCAAAAUGGCCCAGCAGACGGACGGUUUCUGUUCAAAAUGCUGCGAGGAGGAGCCGGACUCGAAGCAUCCGCUGCAGCUGCUCCCGUGACUUUGGAACCUUGUGUCGCAAAAACCACCGGAGUGCUGAGCCUUGUCCCCCGAGAUGCGGCGGGAGGAGGCGUGUCUAGUAAUACUUCGACGAACUCACAGAAUCGCAAGAGCACAGCAGUGGACUCUCACACGCCCCCGGCGGUGCCCUCGUUUCCAGAGAAGCAUUCGAAAGUGGUCGCCGCGAUUUUUGGGGAAGAGGAUGAGGUUGCGGAGCGACGGAGGAUUGACCUGGAUGUGUAUUUGCGGCAGAUGCUGCACUUGCUCGAACCCAUGCUCUGGCGUUUACUGUUCUUCGACAAAUAUUUCGCCUCUGCCGUCGUGGCGCCCUCGCAGAAUGCCGCAACGGAAGAUGGUGAGGCGUCAUUGAUGCUCGACGGCCGACGAAGCAGUACCUCAAAUCCACUCCAGCAACGAGUGCUACGCAAUGGUACCCGGCCGCGAGGCGGGGAAAACACCGCCGGUAGCGCUGCGCCCGCCGCACGAGAGGUCCGAAGUAGUCGGGUGAUUCCCAUGAUGCUCGAUGAAGAGGAAACACUGCUCACCAGUGGGGAGCACACAUCGCUGAACACGCGUCUGAGCCGGUACUUCGUCGUGCCCGAAUCUGAAAUGGUUGAAACCGUGAAAAUGCACUACGAGCAGCAGGAGCGCGACGAGGCAGAACGGAUACGUGAGGUCUUCUGUGCGGUUCUGCUGGGCCUGCAGAAACCGGAGCCGCCGACGACAGUGAAGAAAGCGAAGAAUCGGGCCGCGGGGGCCAUCAGCAUCGAGGUGCGCCUGGCACGCAGUCCACCGGCCGACGGCGUGCUGGUCCGCGUCGCCGCGGCCAGUAGCGAUCUGGGGAGUCUCUCUCGGGAAACGGUGCUGGUGUGCCGCAACACGGCUUUGGAUUCCUGCGACAUUCCAGUACAGGCCGCGAUGCCGGAGCCAGGGGACUAUUUGAUCACAGUUUCGGCCUUCAACCUCGCGGGUGAAUCUGCAACGGUGUCUAUCCUGAGUAAAAACGUACCCACACCAGAGUCAAGAUGGGGAUUUUGCAACACAAACCUAGGAGUUUUGGGAGUCACGCAUGACAAGUUUCAGUCCGUAAGGUAGUGCAAGUUAGCAAGGAAAGCCGCAUCACAAAUCGAUUUGCUGAUCCUGUUUACAGCAUUACAAGUUCCCAAACGCAAUUGAAAAGGCCUGUCAUGGGGUUGCGCAUCACAAAUGUUCCUGUCAUGGCAAAUCUGCAUGACAACUCUGGGGUGGGUACGUUUUUACUCAGGAUAGUGUCGAUUGGCUUGCGGUUCGGAGGCGGGGCCGAUUCCUCUCGCGAUCAGCAGCUGCAGCCUGGUGUGUUUGGCACGAUGAUGCAACGGUUGUUUGCAUUCGGUGGAACAAGCACAGCAACUGCGACGGCAGCAGCUGCAACACCUGCAGGCCCGCUCAAUAACCUCUCGACUGGACGACUAGGGACGAGUCUUCACGUAGUACAAGGCACAACCAACAACUUUCCGCCAACGCCAAACCGAGGCACGACACACUUUUUGCAGCAGGAACUUCGAGAACCUGUCGGUCUUCUCCCCGUGCAGUCCUCGGGCUCGAUGGGAGAGCGUUCUACGGUCAUCAUCGACGAAGAGCACAGCACGAUUCCCGACGAAAUGGACCCGAUACCAACCGCGUCAGGUGCUGGUGCGCCGGUCCGACCGCCGGUGGCUUCGCAGCCAGUCAACCACUUGUUUCCUGAGGAAGUCCCAAUGCAAGAACUCCCUAGUCGUGAACAAAGUUUCACCUCCUUGUCUCUCGCCGGUUCCGUGCGCAUUCCGCGGCCAAAGGCGUCCCCGGUAGCCUCGCCGCCCGCCCCGAGACUGGCUGGCGAUCCAUCCUAUGAGUCGCUAGCAUCCGUCGGAAGGACGGUCUCAGCUGGAGAGGCUGCAACAGCUUCUGAUCAACUACCUUUUCCGCAGCAUACUCUGAUAGGAGUCGCGCAGGAACGCCUGCAGGAACAAGAGGACGAGGAGCAACAGCCCGUGGUCCAUUCGCUCGAUGAGCACAUCAUCUGGUCGGCAUCGUCGUUAAACACACAACAUCACUCGACCACCAACACGGGCCCGCCCAUCCGAUCUCCGAAUUCGUCCGUGGAUUCGGGGCGCGGCCCGACGCCGCACUUGCCGCUCGCGGUGAACCGCUCGCAGGGAAACUUUUCCAUGGGGCAGUUCGAAUUUCCGGAGAUGCUGUUGCCGCGGAACUCGCGGCGAAUCCGCAUAAUGAGCUCGCGACCACUACCCGCGGACGACGGGCACGGCGGAACUUUAGUGCAGGGGGGAAUUAACCCCUCCACUUUUCUCGGGUCCACCACCUCCCAGUCGGCGCUGUUUGCUAACCCGAUUCCGAACGUGUCACGCGCAGAUGAGGAAGACGAGGAUGAAGGGGAAAACGUCGCGGGCCUGGACGAAAGAGAACUCUGCUGUGCGUGCCUGGAGCGACGACGGACGCACGCGUUCAUUCCGUGCGGCCACAAAGUGGUCUGCGCCCGCUGCGGGCGCGAGCUGCUGACCAACCAGCCGCGCGCGACCUGGUCGUGCCCCGUGUGUCGCGAGCCGGCGAUCGCCUGCAUUCGAAUUUUCGACAGCUGAGGAGUGUGGUUCUUUCCAUCCAGCUUUACUUCGCAUCUACAUGUUUAUUCAAGUUCAACAUGAUAACGCCAUGAUUGGAUGCAGUCAGCAUCAAACUUUCUUGCUAGUACCCUUCCCGGGGCCGUUGGCGGGUAGCUUUUAUAUUUUUUCUCGAGACUUACGAGAUAGUCAUAAGAUUAUGAGAGGUCAAAGUUCGCUGCUACGUGAGUAUGUAACCGUUGGGAGAGAUCGCUCGAUGAGUCGAAGGGCAGCAGUUGCAGCUGGCGAGUUCUUGUGGGAAUGAACCACCGAGGAAGACUUGGAAUGUUCGCACUUAGCCGAAAGAUCGUAAUUAUCGUGUGAAAGUAGUAGUUAUAGUUUUGCUCAUUCGCAUUCGAAAAAAAUCUAUCAUCAACAAAACUUUUU